GCACGGCCGCCCUUCUUCCGUCGCGUCAGUUCGAACAUGGCGGCGCCCCAUGUCGUGGUCGGAGUGGAGGGCGGCAGCAGUGAAACGGGGCUGAUUCUGUCAGAUUCAACCACCGGAGAUGUGAAGAGACCUCAGUUCGGGACACGUUUUCUCACAGAUCCGCGGCAGGUCUUCCAGCACAACGCAUGGGACAAUGUGGAGUGGACUGAGGAACAAGAAGCAUCUGCUAAGAAGAAAGUCUUAGAAAACAGUCAGCCACUACCUUCAGAGAAACAAGAGGAGUACAACAACCGGGCAAAUGAGUACUGGAAUGAUUUUUACACAAUCCAUGAGAAUCGUUUCUUUAAGGACCGUCACUGGCUCUUCACAGAGUUCCCAGAGUUGGCCCCGCAGUGUAGCCUUAACCAUGAGUCCCAUCCCGAGGUCUCUGGCACAGAUGAUAGUCAGCAGGAUAGUCUGGAUCAAGAACAAAGAACAGAACUUGCAGCUGUGUCUCACACUGAUGGUGACAUCCCUGGCUCCUCUGCCACAUAUCGCAUUCUGGAGGUUGGCUGCGGUGUAGGCAAUACAGUUUUUCCAAUACUGAAGACCAACAAUGAUCCGGGACUCUUUGUUUACUGCUGUGAUUUCUCCAGCACUGCUGUGGAGUUAGUCAAGACUAAUCCAGAGUACGCCCCUGGACGCUGCUUUGCCUUUGUUCAUGAUUUGAGUGAUGUGGAAGCCAAUUACCCCGUCCCCGAUGGAACCCUUGAUGUUAUAGUGCUAAUCUUUGUGUUAUCAGCAUUGCAUCCCAACAAGAUGCAGGCAUCCAUCAGUAGAUUAGCGCGGCUGCUGAAGCCUGGGGGAGUGAUGCUGCUCAGGGACUAUGGACGCUACGAUAUGGCACAGCUUCGCUUCAAGAAAGGAAGGUGUCUGUCAGAAAACUUUUAUGUCCGAGGUGAUGGAACAAGAGUAUAUUUCUUUACUCAAGAUGAGCUCCAUGAGAUGUUCACUGAGGCAGGGCUUGAUAAAGUGCAAAAUCUUGUGGACAGACGGCUACAGGUGAAUAGAGGCAAACAGCUCACCAUGUACAGGGUGUGGAUCCAGUGCAAGUACCGCAAGGGUCUAGUACAGCCACCUGAGACGCAGGGCUGAGACAGAGGAGAGAACCAGCCUGGCUUGACCUUCAACCACAACUGAAACUAGGAGCUCAUAUCAAGGCAGUGCUGGCUUUUUUCUGAGGAUGUAUGAAAUUGAGAUGUAAGAAAUUGUGAUAAAGGGGAUGCAACUGAUAGUUACAUGCUGUGAAGGCCUUACACUGUCUCGGCUGCCAUAAUGUUGAUGGACUCGUUUUAUGGCUAGUGUUCCUGAUGGUGCUGCAAUUCUAGCUACAAGAGUGAUGAUUUCUCAUUUUUUGCUGAUGAGUUCAGUAAUCUGAGAAAGGGCUGGUUACCCCUGUAUAAAUGUUUCUAUUCUGCCAGAUGCUGUUUUUAAUGAGCUGAUGUUUUGAAAUAAAUGGCAUGAUUUUUAAGAUAACUCCAUGACCUUUUUGUACAUGCAAAAUGAAUAAAAAUCCAAACUAUUAAGUAUUUUAA